AUGGCUUCUUUAGCUCGUAAGAUCGGAAACGAAUUGAAAGCAAUUCAAGAAAAUCCAAAUCCAAAUUACACAUUUUCCGUUGUUGGUGAUGAUAUCACCCAUCUUCGUGGAAUAAUUCACGGGCCUGCUGAUUCUCCAUACGCAGGUGGAAACUUCACCAUUAACAUUUCUGUUCCACCAGAGUUCCCACUUCGUGCUCCAGCAGUUACAUUUGGAACAAAGAUUUACCAUCCAAAUGUAAAUCCAGAAGGCAACAUCUGCUUGUCUUUAUUAAAGAAUGAGUGGAGUCCAAAAGUUAAAAUUAUGGAUAUCCUUGAGCAAGUAUAUCUCCUCAUUUCUGCCCCAGAUCCAAUUGAUGCUCUCAAUACAGAGAUCGCUGCAGAAUAUAAAGAUAACCAUGAUGAAUAUGUUAGGAAGGCCAAGCAAUGGACACAGGAAUUUGCUCAUGAGUAA